AUGGCUGAAUUUGUUGAAAGAGAACAACCUAAACCUCGCAAUAAAAUAUAUGAACUAUUGCUAUCACCAAAUGGCGAAUACGCAGUGACAUGGAGUGUAAAUGAUAAAUUAAUUUGUGGAUGGAAAUUUAAUAAUCAACCCAUAAAGCAAUCAGUAGAACAAUCCACAAAUAAAUUAGGUGAACAAUCAGAAAACAAAUCAUAUCAAUUUGAGUUUGAUUGUUUAGAAAAAGUCGAGGAUAAACGUCCAUUAGCAGUUUCAAAUAAUAAAUAUGUCGCAAUAGGAACCAUGAAAUGGAUCCAAAUAAGAUAUAUCAAUAUAGAGUAUAUUAUUGAUCUUGCUACCAAGGAUAAGAUAAACAUAGAAUUGGAUCCAAAUUUACGAAAUAUUGGAUUUAUUGGAUUUAAUAAUGGAGAUUUAUAUAUAUAUAUAGUAACAUAUGCUUAUGGUCAUUUUAUUCAUAAAUAUUCACCAAAAAAUUUACAUAAAAACAUCUGGACAAUUAGUAACUCGAUUUCCUGUGGAAAAGAUGUGGUGGAUUGUUAUCUAAGUGAUGAAAAGAUAAUGCUUCUUGAUAGAUGUGGGUCGUUAACACAAUGGAAUUUAAAUACUCUAUUAUUUGAAAAACAAUAUCAAUUAUAUGCAUACUAUUCCACUGAUGAUUAUGCAUUUAGUUCAUGGAAUUGCAUUUUUAAUAAAAAUUCUACAUUACUUGCGGUAAAUACAAAUGAAUUUAUUUACACUUAUUUGACGGAUAAUUCUAAGUUAUUAUCACAAUGCAGAUUACAAAAUACCUUUUUUUUAUCACGGUUAGAAUUCAUUUCAAUGGGUGGAGAAGAAAGAUUACUUUUAAUUUAUAAUAAUGGCUAUCUUGAAAUAAGAAGCCCUUACGAUCUUCAAUAUAUCAUCAAUGAUAAGAAUUCAGUUAUGUAUGACGAACUUUCAAACGAAGGUAUGAAACCAGAUAUGCAGAAAGCAGUAUUUAAAACUUUGAUAGAUGACAAAAUAUAUUAUAUAUCAGAUGAAAUUUUACGGGUUCAAAAGGUUCAAUGGGGCAAAUAUUUACAAAAAGUAUUAGAAGAUAAUAGUAAAAUAAGUGUUUUACCUAUCAAAUCAGUAAUAGUGGAGAUUUUGCAAAAAUAUAACGAUAAACAUGGAUUACAAGAUGGUAAUCGACCAUAUAAUGGAUCAUUAGUGAAGUGGGAAAUAAGAAAUAAUAAUAAAGUGACAGUUUUUUUAAAAAAUGAUUUUGAUUGGGAAUUCAUUGAUUACAUAGAAUUAUUUUCACUUCAUAGUCAGAUUAAAUAUUAUAAUAGAGAAAAAGAAAUAAAAGCUACUGAUGCUAUAUAUAAAGGUUUUGAAUUAUUACAUAAUGAAGAUUUAGCAAUAAUUACAUCUUUUGGAUUAUUUAUAUGGUCAAUUUGGAAUAAAUUUAAAAAAAUUAGGUUACGAUAUUAUAUUUACUGGGAUGAUAUACUAACAGAAAGUUCAUUAGAAAAAGUAUUAGGAGAUUUACAGAAACAUAGAAGCAAUUUAUUACCAGUACCAGACUUUGAUUUCAUUAUUAAAAAUUGUGAAAUGUUUCAUCUGGGAACAAAAGAAAGAGAGUUAUUUAAACGAAGAUAUUAUUUUAAAGAGUUAUUAGAUGAUUAUAUUGAAAAUGAUGACUUAUUAACAAAAUUAUAUGGACAUGAACUUUUAAAAGCUUGUUUAAAGUCAAAAAAAUAUGAAAUGGUAGAAAAAUUAUAUAAUAAAUUUUUCUAUAUGGCAGAAAAUAGUAACUUUUUAGAGGGGAUUUGGCUAUUAGAUAUUUUUACCUUUUCAUUUAUAGAAUUAACACAAUAUCCCCAAUUUUUAAGAGAAUUUUUAUCAUAUACUUUAUUUAUUCAUCCAACUAAUAAAUUUGAAAAUACUGAAUUUAACAAAUUCUUUUCAGAACCGCAUCUUCAGAAUCAUAUGGAAUAUUUACAACCUUCUUUUAGUAACAAUAUAAUUGAAUUACUUCAAAAAUUAGAAGAAAUCGAAAAAAAGAUUCAAGAAUCAACUGAUAAUGAAAAUAAAUUAAUUGAAGAGAAGAUUCAAAAAUUAGAAGAUAAGUUAAUUCAACAAUUAGAAGAUAAUAAAAAGUUAAUUCAGGAGAUGAAGAAAAUUUUAUCGAAAGAGGAAGGUUAG